UGGCAAAUAUGUGCCUUUUUAGGGUUCUUUUGUUGCCUCUUCCUUCCCCCUCCGAAUAGAUCAAACAGGUGAUCCGUCUGUUGGGAAGCAGCAAAAGGCUGGCUGGGGUGUUUGCCUCCCUCUCCCUUCCCUCUCUCUUUUUGUUAUGCUAAUACAGGCUGACAUCACUGCUCACAUCAAAGCCCGGAGGAGAACAUAUAAGCAGGUUGGAAAGGGAAGCGGGGGAAACAGCCAGAAAGCAGUUUUACAGCUGCUCCGCUUAGACCGGCGCUCAAAAGAAGAGCUGAGACUCCGUGCGUAAAAGCGCACCAUUGCGCAUCUCGCUCUUUUCCCUCCCUUGUUUCCCUCCUCAUCCUCACCCUCCUCCCCUUUGAUUCCCUCGCUGUGUGGGCUUCUCUCCUCUCCGUUGACUCCAUCACCCGACCUUCUCACUUUGAAAAAUCACUUAAUUUUGCUUUUGACGGUCAGAGGACAAUGUUUGCUUUGGAGAGGUCUCUUCCAACCAGCUCUCCAGUUUUGAGGCUUUGGGGAAGAAAGAAGACUUUCUAAAAACGAAAAGGACUCCUGAACAAAUAGAUAUAUUUCUCUAAAAAUACUAGGAAGAGGAUUUGGAGGACAAACCCAAGUUCUGUCUGCUGCAAGGUUUGCAUCUGGAAGAAGUUCCACUGAAAACCAACAAAGGAAUUCUCUCUCCACUACCAAGAAGGCGAUCUCUCCGUUAUCCUUUUCUCUCCGAAAGAGAUUCAGGCAGAGGAAUCGAGAGGAGACGGCGGAAGAUGGCAUUGAGACAUUGCCUAGUGGCCUUUCUCCUGGCUUUCGUUUUGCAGAACGGGACCUGCAAUGGAAUCAAAUGGCUAGCCUUGUUCAAAACACCUUCCGCUCUCGCCUUAAACCAGACGCAGCAUUGCAAGCAGUUGGAAGGGCUGGUGGUUUCCCAAGUGCAACUGUGCCGCAGCAACUUGGAGCUCAUGCAAACCAUCAUCCAGGCGGCACGGGAGGUGAUCAAGACCUGCCGCAAAACCUUCUCCGACAUGCGGUGGAAUUGCUCCUCCAUUGAAUUGGCUCCUAACUACCUGCUAGACUUGGAGAGAGGCACCAGGGAGUCCGCUUUUGUGUACGCGCUCUCCGCCGCCGCCAUCAGCCACACCAUUGCCCGAGCGUGCACCACGGGGGACCUCCCUGGCUGCUCCUGUGGUCCCAUCCCAGGUGAGACACCUGGACCUGGGUAUCGCUGGGGAGGAUGUGCUGACAACCUCAACUAUGGUCUUGUCAUGGGGUCCAAAUUUUCAGAUGCUCCCAUGAAGAUGAAAAAAUCAGGAUCACAAGCCAAUAAGCUGAUGCAUCUGCACAACAGUGAAGUAGGGAGACAGGCCUUGAAAGCAUCCAUGGAAAUGAAAUGCAAAUGCCAUGGAGUCUCUGGCUCCUGCUCCAUCAAGACUUGCUGGAAGGGGCUGCAGGAGUUGCGGGACGUUGCCCUGGACUUGAAAAACAAAUACCUUUCUGCCACAAAAGUGGUACACCGCCCCAUGGGGACCCGCAAGCACUUGGUGCCCAAGGAUCUUGAUAUCCGCCCGGUCAAGGAGUCGGAGCUGGUUUACCUGCAAAGCUCGCCUGAUUUCUGCAUGAAGAACGAUAAAGUGGGAUCCCACGGGACUCAAGACAGGCAAUGCAACAAAACCUCCAAUGGGAGCGAUAGCUGUGACCUCAUGUGCUGCGGCCGUGGCUACAACCCCUACAUGGACAAAGUGGUGGAGCGCUGCCACUGCAAGUACCACUGGUGCUGCUACGUCACUUGCAAAAAGUGCGAGAGGACUGUCGAGAGAUAUGUCUGCAAAUGAGGUCCACACAUUGGAGCCCUUGCCAUCAGCGGGCUCAGGGACAAGGAAGCCCAUGCCCACCUUUCUCCAAGUGCUUUUCGGACAAAGGACAGCAGCUUUCCCACACUAAAGACUACAUCUACCCCAUGAAUGAGUGGGGAAAUUAAGAUAUUUGGUGAAAAGCUACUGUGGCUUUCGAAUGGUGGUAUUAUUUUUGGGGCACAUCAGGCAGGCUCUCUCACGAACCUUGGAGAAAGCAAUGCCAUUCCUUCCCGAAGAAGACAUCCAUUGCAAAACAAAUGGAAACCUUCACUGCAAGGACAAAUGCAAAGAUCGGACUCCGUUCUUACAAUGGCCACCUCACAUUUGCUUUCUAUGAUAUUCAGCUACUGAGUGUGGAGAUGGCAAACAGGGGACUUUUGGAAGGGUAGGAUAAAAACAACAUGAAAGUCAUAAGGGAAAAAACUUUUUUUCUCUGUAAUCUUGUUGGAUGCAAUAUCCCAGAAAGAAUGAGAUUUGGUCCUUGAUAAAGGGAAUGAUACAGUUUUUAGCACUGCAUGCCAAAUAAGAAUUCUGUCCCCAAAUUGCAUUUGCUUUCAGUCCCCAAAUUCCUAGCAUUGGAGGGAAUUAGACACUGAAAAUUGGUCCCAACAAGUUCUCAUUUUUGCUGUGUUCACUUUUGCUUGGCAUGUCUAAGCUGUAUUUCUGAAAGCAUACCUUCUAGACUUGGGCAUUUUGGCUGAACCUUGAUCCAUUUCUGCUGGCCGAAUUCCGGGAGACCUACGGAUCUGUUUUCGUAUGCCUCCUGAAAACCAUCAGGUUGCCAAAUAGCCAUUUCCAGUCUGCAGCCAAAAGAUCGGGCCCAAUGGCAGAAAUUGAGACCUUUCAAGGUUCCCCUUUCCGUUCCUAAGAUCCUUUCCUAUCUUCCUUUCAAGGAGUCUGGGUUUGAAGAACAUGGUUAAGGAAGCAUCCUUCCUGGGACCCUUUCCUUAGACACAGCUUACAUAAGACACGUCACGGCAUUCUUCUAUUCUAAUUGAUCCAAUAGGCAGGGCUCACAGGGAAACUGUCACAAUGCCAGGGCUCUGCCUUAUUCAGGCAGAGAUGAACCAAACAAACACCCACUUUGUUUUAAACAAUUUAAUUAAAACAGCACUUACUUUCUGGCUGUUUUAAUAGUCCAAACCAUAAAGAUAGCAUUCAGCCACAGAAUAUAAAACAAAAACUGACAGCAAACACCGUUGCAGGUUCAAGAUAACACCAUAGUCAAAAGGUCCAGUCCAGUGGUCAAACGCUGAGAAUUCAAUAAGCAAAGUCCAGGGAUCAAGAAUCUAUACCAGGGGUCCUCAAACUUUUUAAACAGAGAGCAGGUCACAGUCCCUCAAACUGUUGGAGAGCCAGAUUAUAAUUUUAAAAAAACAUGAAUGAAUUCCUAUGCACACCACAUAUCUUAUUUGUAGUGCAAAAACACACUUAAAAACAAUACAAUAAUUAAAAUGAAGAACAAUUUUAACAAAUAUAAA